GUCAUUUAGAUAGAUAGAUUGAUGAAUUUGCACGAAGCAUCCUAUAGUUCAGAGUCGAAGGGAAAAAGUCCGGAGGGAAAAAACAAGCGGAAGGCAACGUCCGACAUCGCGAGACUAUCUGACGUGGAAACUAUCAAGUGCUUUCCGCUCGACGGCUUUCAGCUUGAGCAUCAGGCUAGGACGACUGUUGGAUUAGGUCGAUGCGGGAAGCCGCGAAUUUGGAAAAGCAUGAGGGCGAGGCAGCCGACGAGGAUACAUCAAAGAGUGCCGAGAAAUGGAAGCGAAAGAUUAUGGCCGAGUGUACCACCGCUCUUUCCACGAGAUGCAGUUAUCGGAUUGGAGAAAGAAUGGGAAAAGGAAAGACGAAGGAAGCGAAGGGACAUUUUCCUGUAUGACGAUGACAAGAACGAAUUUCUUCGAAAUCAGCAGAGGAGCGACUUUGCUAAUCGCAAGGAGCUAGGCCACGUACGUGUGCCGGUGUCGUAUUCGGAAUCAAGGUUGAAAUUAUUAGUGGAUUGUGCGAUUGGCGACCAACGUCCCGGUUUGGUAGAUGGUGACUACACGAUUGUGGAAAUACCGUCCAAGCGUGUUUAUGCCUAUGUGGUUCUUCGUGGACUGAAGGGUAUGCAUUUGUUGGAAAUUAGCACGAUGCGAGUGCGCAGGAACACUUGGAAGUUCUGCUUCUAUCAAGCGAUCGUGGCAUUGUUAGCGAAAACUCAGCUCAGAUACAAAUACGCGUGCAGCGCUAAUAUCGAUUACAUCUACGACCAUGCCUGGAUGCUCUUCACCCAUAUCGGCUCGAUCAACGUGAAGGCAAAGCAGCGUUUAGACGACGUCGUUGUGUACAAUUACAAAUACAGCGUCGAAGUAGAAUUGAUCGGGAAAAUAAAAAAUGUCGUCGCGCGGUUAGUUGACGUUGAGUAUCGAGAGUAUGGUAUGAAGCCGCAGAUUACGUUAAGUAGGAAGGAUCCCCUGCAAGUUGGGGUGGAACUCGGCUGUCAGAAGGUGACCGAUUCAUAUUAUAUGCCCGUGCACAAGGACGUCUUGCCGAGAAAGCUCGAGAAGUGGCUCGACAAAAUGAUCAUAGGAUAUCGUGACUAUAUAUUAUGCACGGCUAGAUUCUCAUUGGCCUUCUGGCAGGAUGGUCUGUUUUGGUAUCUGUACAAUCCCUAUCAGUGCAAUGAGUAUGGCUUCUGGAGAAAAGGAGGUUUCGCCUGCAUCGUGAAGUUCUGUUCCAAGGACUCGUUACGGAGACACCUGAUGAUCCUUAUGUUGAGAGCCCACGCCUUCGAGGAGCAGUUAACGCAAUUCGAUUAUCAAUCCAAUUAUGAAGGUGAGGGAAACGUUUACAUCGAUGUUCAGCUCUUCCACGUGUCUUUCCGCUGCUGUCAGCUGGACAAUCUAAAGUUACUGCAACGUGGGAUGUCUAAGCAGCCGCGACGCACCGACGAAUGUUCGUCGGAUACGCUUGAGAUCGAGGACCAAGAGGACGAGACCGAUCGAGAGGAGGAUGAGGAGGGCGAUCCGAGAGAGCCAAAGAAGCGUUACCGGGCGACGACCUGGGGCAAAUGCGCGCUCGCGAACCGGAAGAGACCGGUCUCGACCGAGGUUACCGUCGCUGGUAAAGCGAGAUGGCAUCAGUACUACGUGGAAGAACCCAAUAGACUAUUCUCCCUCUGGGGCGAGAUACACAUAACUGACGAUAUGUUCGACGAGGCGAACCGCGGUAUGCAGACGUACGCUUGUUACGUAGUGUGUGCUGGCAUGACUAGAAUUAUGGCACCGGAAUAUUGGAGCCCGAAGACUCUCGACGCGAUCGUCGUGUGCGGGGAUCGUUAUUACACGCACAGCAAGCAUGAGGCCGAGCUUAAGUCUGCCAGCGACGCAGAUGCUAAUCACUCGUUUAAGUACCUUUCCAAUUGUUUCGAUAUCGGCGAGAUCUUGUUCGAGGCCCGGAUGCUGCCGGCCGUUAGCGGCAGAUUGUACGUCGAGUCGGACGAGUGCCUGUGGAAGACACUGGAGCGAGUAUUCUCGAGCUAUCACUUCGCUGUAUUGACAUGCGAGAGCGCCUGUCUUGGUCUCUUCAAAUUCUGCGGAGCUUACUACGUGUGCGAUGUGAAUUCGUUCGGCCCGCCGUUCUUCCGAUACGGCCACGGCGCCGCGUAUCUGCUGAGAGUCACAUCCUUCCGCAAAUUUGUGACGGUACUCGUGUUGAUUAUCGGCUCGUCAGAACGCAGCCGAUUCAGCCUGAAUCCCAUCGAAAUUCUCAGGAUCGUCGAAGUAGACACCGCAAUCGACUCUCGUAGAAAACCACGUGACAAAAAGCAUCAUUUCAGGAGAUUCGGGGGGAAAAUAACGGGAAAGUUGUCGAGAUUUGUGUUCGAUAGGCAAAAGAAAAAAAGAAUGAAUAAGUAGAAAAUCCGCACGUGAUGUAACCGCAUAUAACAAUUGAAAAUAAU